UGUGUUGAUUAUAAAUCAGCAUGUGGCAGCAGAGGACAGCCAGCUUUCUCCAACUGCCAUUUCCUUGUACUGAAACAUGACCCCUGCUAACGCUUUUACAAGCCGCUUUGGAUCAUGUGGGAAUCACACCUCAUUGAAGCUUGGCCACCCACCCUGCCCUGUGUUGGGCAAGCCGUCUUCUCUGGCACCAGAGCUAGUGUAGUGCUGCUUGAGCCUCCCUGUGGAUGGUGAAAUGCUAAUGUGAGCCACAUUGCUUCAUAGUCACACAUGCCAUUUCACCCCAUGUGAUCAAUUUCUUAGGAAAUUGCGUCCAUUUGGUGGUGUGGCCUGGAGCGUGAUGGGUGACAGGUGGGUGACCUUUUGUGGAAGUGUCUCAUAACACCAACUGCCCAUGUUUUGGUCUAAUUGCGAGAGUGUACGUUUGCUUGGGUUAGUAGCUCUAGUGUUGUCAUUAGCACUUGGGGUGUUAUGGGAGUCUGGAGGGCAGUUGUUGAGAUAUCUUUGUUGAGGCAGAGUCACAACAUGAUAAAGGACAUGAUUUCCCAUAAUAGAUACUGUCCUCAUGCCAAGGAAUCCUGUGAUGAGGGAGAGGAAAAUGGAGCAUUCAGUACACAUAUCUCUAUCUCAGCUCCCAGAAUGCAUUCAUUUCCUUGUAUUUUCUUAUUUGUGAAAAAGUGUAACUUCACCAAGUCCUCCACAUUCCUCAUUUUGGCGCUCAUUGAAGGCUGCUGUUUGCACACAUAACUGUUAUCAUGACUUUAUUCACAAAUCUUUUUUUUCUUUAAAUAUGUUUUUUUCCCCUUCAAAUUGUAUAUAUUUUUUACCCUCAGAGGUAGGCUUAUGACUUUUUUCUUUAGAACCUUGGCUAUUUUUUGUACUUCGUCUCAGCGUCUAAAUAACCUCUUAUUAUUUAGAUAUUCAUCGGAAACCAUAGCUACUAGUAAUCAGUAACUACGCUGAAACUAAGAGAGAAAGGUAUGUAGUUAGAAGAGUAAGGAAUAUCUCAACUUCCUGAUGGGUUCUGGGAGUCUAAGGGGUUAAACAUGUUUUAAAAUAUCACACUUUCAUAGCUUAGCAGCAGGGAUGGAUUAGUAAAUCCUAAGCCCUCUUCCACACCUAGCUACGUAUUGCUACAUUACACAUCUAUUAUGAGUAGUUGAGUAGUCUCGUGCAGAAGGUGAUCUUAUCUGAAGCAACUGACUUCUUUCUUGCUUUUCACCUCACAAAAUAAUCAACCAAAAAUCAACAAAGUGCAGCUGCAGCUCAAUGGCCAGCAAUAACAGCAUGUUGAAUCUUCUUUGGUUUAUUUUAUUUUUAAUUGCAUCCAUUUGAGAAAAUGUUCUUCAAAUUCUCUUUUCAUUGACACACUUAGUGUGGGUUAAUGGUUAUCCAUGUUUUUUUUCAUCUGCUUAUCUAGCUCCAGUUAAAACCUACUAGGACCCAACUGACCAUUCAUUGGUUGCAAAUUCAGACCUACACACCAAUAACAUUUCCAAAUUUAGUUCAGAUUCUGCGACAUUGCAUUCAUGUUCUACAUGUCAUGGUGUGUGUGAAAUAGUCUAAUGACCUAAUGGCCUUUAUUGUUUGUAACCAAAAACCUGGUUGCAGAAAGACCUGAGUAGCCUAGCAACCUGACACUACUUGGUUAUAAUCUGACUGAAGAAUCUGUGAAGAAUUUUAUUUAGGAAUCAGACUGACAUUAGCUAAAAUGUUAUCUAUUAUUAUUAUUGAUGAUACUUAUUCACUUAAGUUAUUAACUUAUUAACUUAUUAUUAUGGAUUACCAAAUUUAUUGCUUGAGGGAAUGUUCAUGACAUAUUCACAAUAUAUAUAUAUAUAUAUGUGUGUGUGUGUGUGUGUGUAUUACAGCAUCAAGGAAACACUGUAUGCUACGCUAUCAACUAUUAUCACAGAAAUAUACAGCAUUUACUUUCUGGACUCUUAUAUAUACUUAUACCAGCCACUUUAUUAAGAACACCAUUCUGAUACUAGCCUGACAUGACUGCAUCACAUAUUUUGUCAAAUUCAUGCUGCGAAUCUCCUGUUCUACCGCAGCCCAACGGUGCUCAAUUGGAUUCAGAUCUGGUCACCGCCUAGGCCGUUGAAGUUCACCAAACUCAUUGUAAUGUUCAUGGAACCAGAUGAGAGGACUUGUGCUUUGUGACAUGGUGCUUUAUCAUGCUGGAAGUAGCCAUUAGAAGAUGGGUAAAUUGUGGCCAUAAAGGGAUGCACAUGUUCAGCAACAAUACUCAGAUAGGCUAUGGCAUUCACACAAUGCUAAAUUGGUGUUAAGGGGCUCAAAGUAUACCAAGAAAUCAUCAGUGAGCCUGUGCCCACUGUAGUCUCAGAUUCCUGUCAGCCAAUCAGGCACAGGCUACAGUGAGCACAGACUCACCAAAAAUGAACAGGUGAAGAUUGGAAAAACAUGACCUGGUCUUUACCAAUCUUUAAAUGCCUAGUUUCAGUGAGACUGUUCCCAGGGUAGCCUCAGAUUGCUCUUCUUGACUGACAGGAGGGAUUGACCAAUGUGGUCUUCUGCUGUUGUAGCCCAUCUCCCUCAUGCUUUGACAUGCAUUCUGAGAUGCUUUUCUGCUGAUCGCAGUUGUAAAGAGUGGUUAUUUGAGUUACAGUACCCUUCCUAUCAACUGGAACCAGUCUGGCCAUUCUCCUGUGACCUCCCACAUCACUGGGAGCUGGUGGACUCAGGUCAGGAGAGCGGGUCUGGAGCAGAAGCUCAGCUUACAGACUGCUGGAUGAGCAUCAAGCUGUUCCUUGAGGAGACGUCUUCUUUCAAACAGCAGAAUCCGGGGAAGUUUUGUCUUCUGGUAUGCAGCUUGUGUUUUUUCCUGGCCGUACUGGGCAAUUACAUUCCAGGAGUUGUUAUUUCAUAUAUUAUAGUGCUAGGCAUAUUCCUGUGGCCUGUUGUGUCGUCACAUGAGUUUGGGAUGUGGCUGGAACCAGUUCUGCAGAAACUGAACUUUGGAGUGGGGCACUUCCUGCAAAAGAUAAAAGAGAAUCAUGAAAAGAGAUUACUCCAAGCAGAGGCUGAGAAAGAAAGCAUUGAAGCUGAUCUGUCCUCAAUGUUCCCUAAGCUGGACUCCACGGUGUGUAGGGAGCUGUCUGUAUCAGACACAGAAGUCUCUGAAGUAACAUGGACUGAUAACGGCACCUUUAACUUAUCAGAAGGACACACACCUCAGACAGAGAACUCAGAGGAUUUAGAUCGUCGCAGCGAGGAGGAGGUGUUCUCUGGUGGCCUCACUGACUUUCCCUCCUUGGAUAAUGGUGCAGGAACGAAUGGGGAUGAUGAGGACCUGAGCAUUGGCCUGCCCACCACGUCCAUCCCCCAGCACAGAGUGGCUCGAGGGACAGGUGUGGGGGACGAGGCUGCGGUGACUCAAGCUUUGGGACUUCUACAGAGGACGGCCGAGAACGCCAUUACAGCUGCAGUCACUGCUGCCAUACAAGAGCGGCUGGAGUCGGCGAUUGCUGACAACACAGACAGCGAGGCUGAGGACUUUGAGCUGCUGGACCAGUCUGAGCUUGAACAUAUGGAGGGUGACCUGGGCCUGGAGAGUGAGAAUGGUGAGCCUCAGGCCAAAGACGCCAAAAAUGCUGGUUUUUUCUCCAAACUGCUCGGGCACCAGUAAUGACAUCAUCUUUGCAAUGAGGUAGAAGCGUGAGUAGAAAACAGUCCUAGAGACUGGGGAAGGUCCAGAUUAAUGACGGUAUUCCAUUGUUUUUUUUAAUGUUAAAAUGUUUCAAUUAAAUCACCUUGCAGUAAAUUCCAAAUCCACAGAGGAACGAUGCUUCUUGUACAAUGAUGUGUGAGGGAAGGAAUGAGGGUUUGAUACUUUCAGGUUUUUUUUUUUUUUAUCUUCUUCAUUUACCCACCUUAAAAUGGUUUCAGACCUGGUCCCCAUUUUAAAACAAAUUCUAUAAAACUUUUUUUCAUUUGUUUGUGUUGAUUUGAGAUCUAAACAUUUGUUUGUGCUUUUUUGGUUUUUGAGAAAUUAUAGUGGCCAUAUUUCACUGUAAAACUAUGGCCAUGAGUGACGUUGCAGACACCAACUCAACUCAAACCAAACCAAUAUCUAAACAUAUUAGCGUCAAAUGUUUGUACUGUACAACAGUUUCUGCUUGAUUUUUUUUUUUUGAUGUAUUACAUUCAAUUCACAGUGACAUCACUCUCAGACUCACAUUCAUACUGUAAUAUCUCAAAAACCAAAACACCAAAAUAAAUAAUUUUUCAUGACAUAAAACCAGUUCAAACGUUUUAAUUUCUUUUCAUAUGGGGUGCCAGCUUAAUAAAGGGUAGUUUCAGUUAGAGGGAGAUUCUCAUUAUGCUGCUGCCAAAUGAACUUGUUAUAAAAGUUAGUGAGUGAUGUGCAGAUCAUCUCCUCUCAGCACCUUCUUUCCUGAUAAUAUACACGGCUCAAAGGCCAAAGAGACAAGGCCUCUCACAAAAAGACAAUCAGUAGGGUUUCCACAUGAAUAACUACAUCGUAACCAAAAAAUUGUAUUCAUCUAUAACUCAAGCAGAUAAUCAUGAAAUAUGUACUUCUUAUGUUGCCUUUUUUUAGGCUUUGUAUUUUUUAAAAAUUAAACAUUGUUUUGGAGCUGGAUGUCUCAAUACAAGACUUCGCAUGAAUAAUCUUUUAUUUGUAUUUGCACCUUAUUUAUAGAGCGAUGCGACUAGGCAUUAGAGCACGCUGACACUGAGCUGAACUGUUUUGAGUACAUUAUUUAAAAAGAUUUUAUAUUCUUUGGCCCAUUCUUUCUAUCUUUCCCUCUCUUCCUCUCUAUAACAUAUAUAUAUAUAUAUAUAUAUAUAUAUAUAUAUAUAUAUAUAUAUGUAAUAUAAAUAUUAUAUGGUAUAUAUAUAUGGUCCAGUUUUAUUAGCAGAUUUGGUUGCAUUUUGUUCCAAAGUGAAAUGAAGAUGGAUUAAAGAAAAAAAAGAUGGCUGACAUUUGGCCCCACUUCACUCCUCUUUAUAUCCACUGCACUGGGGGUUAUAUAGGUUUAAAAUCUGUCAUUAUUCUGUGAGGUACUUUAUAUCUAUCUAAAAUCACUUUCUAAAUGUCCUAUGAAUUGUACUAUGAAAUAAUGUAAACAGCUCUUCUAGUAACACAAUGACUCAAUAUGAACUUUUCUAAUGUGAUUAAUAUGAACAUUAUCCAAAAAUGAUUUGUUUCAGUGUCAGUGUGAUUCCAAAUGCAUCUGAAUGUACUAUUUAUUCCUUCCUUUCUUCUUCUCUCCUGAUAGAUUACUUCACAUACAUAUGAUUGCCUUAUAUGCCUGUGUGAAUUGUGUGUCAGAAUGAAAGAACAAAAAAAUAUAGUUGUAUGUAAAUUAUCUUAAAAAUGUGAUUAAAAUAUGAAGAUUUAAAGUCA